AUGGAUGGAACGCUUGAAUCCAAUGGGUUGCCUUUUCGGGGCGUUCUGGAAAAUCUACCAACUGAUCUUCUCAUUGGAUGGACUGUGCAUUACCAUGAUGCAUAUUCUGCACCCACUCGUGCGCAAGAUUUGGUGUCCCUUCCCCAGGGCAACAAUGUGCUGGUAGCUGCUACAAAUGCAGAUUCAGAUGAUGCAGGACUCAAUUUGGAUGUUUCUGCUUGUGGCAAAAGCGACGCUGUGACAACCCUUUGCGCACGUUGGCAGACGACAGCUCACAACGGAGUGCUUUGGUACUUGGAACCGGGAAAGGCCUUCGGCUUCGCCGACCGGAGCGAGUUGCGCACCGACCGGCGUCGCGGAGCGGAUACCGCAGAGGGUCAGCUGCGCGUCAGUUGGCAUUUGGAUGGCCAUGGAGGAUAUCGUGCGGGUUCUUUGGAGUGCCUCAACCACGACAACUCCUGGCGCAAAUUGGUUUUCCGCCGGGACAUUGGGCCCUCAGCCACAUGGCUGCUGCCAUCCGCGCCUGGCUGGGAAGGUGCUGGAGACCCUGGCAUUGUUUUUGGUGCAAACAUCACCCUUCGCGGCUCGGAUGGCUCCUGCCAGGUGCUUCAUUCGUGCCUCCUCCGCUGCCGAUGCUCUGCACUGCAUAGGAGGAUUGGAGCAGACGCAGAAGUCGACAUACCAGGUGCCUCGGCCAGAAGUCUACGAGACCUUGCUGCCUACAUCUAUGGUGCCCUGCUGCCAUGGGAAUAUUCAGCACGUCUGGAGCCAAAGGAACUGCUGCCACGCGUGCUGGAGCUCAUGGAUGCAGCGAAAUUUAUGGAGCUAGAUGCCCUGCAGAGAAUUUGUGCUGCAUGGUGCAAGCUAGCGGCGAAGGCUGACGCGUUGCCACUCUCAUGCGGAGCUGAUCCGGUGCGGAUGGAUGGACUGGCGCAGGGGAUGGUGGUUGGAAGUGGUCUACCUGGAGCAGUGCUGGAGGACGAUAUGGCCAGACUGCUUGAAGAGUUGGAGGAUGCUUCCUACAUGGAGGACAAAGUCACCGUGAUCCUAGCAAGGUCUGACCACCAAGAAGCAGCCUCAUGCAGCGCCCAUGGCCUCGUGCUCUGCGCGCGCAGCGCUUUCUUCGCCGCAGCGAUGGCCUCUGCAGACGGGCGCUUCGUGGAGCGCGGCCGACGCCGCGUGCAGCUGGGCAUCGUGGAGGAUCUGGGCCUCUGGCGCCCCGGCGAAGAUUCCAGCUACGUCUCCGGUGCCUUCCGCGCCCUGCUGCACCACAUCUACACCGGGCGUCGCCAAGUGGAAGUUGGUGGCCUCAAGGGGCAGAGUUGA